AUGUACUACGAAGAAGCUGAUAUACCUGCACACGCGCGAACUUCAAAUAUCACCGAAGAACUCGGCCAAAUCGACACGAUUUUCUCAGACAAAACCGGGACUUUAACCUGCAAUUCAAUGGAGUUCAUCAAGUGUUCAAUAGCAGGAACAACAUACGGACGUGGUGUUACAGAAGUUGAAAGAGCUAUGGCGAAAAAGACAGGAUCACCAUUGGUUGUUAAUGGAAGAGUUCUUGAUGACGAUAAUGAUGAUGAAGACGAUGAUUCUGGGUUAUCUGUAAAAGGGUAUAAUUUUGAAGAUGAAAGGAUUCCUCAAUGGUUAUUGGCUUCUUGA